AGACGCAAGGAGGGAGAAAGUUCGAGAGGGAGGGAGGGAGAGAGAGAGAGAGAGAAAGUUCGAGAGGGAGGGAGAGUCAGAGUCAGAGAGGAGAGAGAGAACUUUGUGUUUCCUCCUCUCUCUCUCUCUCUGUGUUUUUAUUUUGAGCGCUCGCUCCUCUGAGCGCACACGCGCGCGGUGUGGAGCGAUGGAGCUGUCAUCCAUCGGAGACCAGGUGUUCGCGGUGGAGUCCAUCACGAAGAAGAGGAUGAGGAAGGGUAAUGUGGAGUAUCUACUGAAAUGGCAGGGAUGGCCCCCAAAGUACAGCACUUGGGAACCGGAGGAAAAUAUUUUGGAUCCCCGCCUGGUCCUGGCCUACGAGGAGAAUCAGGAGAAGCUCCGAGCUCUGGCCUAUCGCAGGAAAGGUCUCAGACCCAGGAGGCUCCUGCUGCGGAACUCAAUGCUGCUGUUCACACCUCCAAACAAACACAGGAGUGACUCCUCUGUCACCUUUGCCCUGACGCAGAACAUUUUUGCGAUGGACCUGCGGAGCGCCCACAAGGUCGCAGUGAAGCCGCCGCCCCGGCUGCGUCUCUCCCUCACCCGCGCCAUGAGCACGGACGUGGACACGGGCGAGUGCAGCACAAUGUACCGCCACCCGCUGAGGAGGAGUAGCAAGCAGAGGGGGGCUAAGCGGGGGCCGGACGAGCCCUCGAACGAACCCCUCCAGCCGCUGAGCAAGAAGGAGGAGCCCAUGGAGGAGGACUGGAGCGGCACCAGCGAAGAGGAGAAGCAGGAGGAGUCCGAAAGCACCGCAGAGGAGCAACAGGAGGACAGUUUAUACGGUGUGUCGGAGUGCAGCUCCCCCCCGCUGCUGCAGCGACAGGACUUGAUGGACGAGGAGGAGAAGGUGUACACCGAGCUGACCAUGGCGGACUCGGACGCAUGGACUGAUGGACCGGAUGCAUGUGACACUAAAGAGGACCAAACGUCAACGUGCAGCCAAUCGAAGGACGGCGCCUUGGCGAUGGUGGCCAGACCAGAAGAUGCAGUAACCGUGGGCGACAGGUCAGAUUGGGAGGAGGAGGAGGAGGAGGAGGAGGAGUCAGGGUCGGCGUGUCUCAGAUUAGAGGGGGGGGACACGGUCUCGGUGAUAGUGAGCGUUCAGGACACCGGCAUGAUGGCGGGCGCCGCCUACUCCGCUCCUGAGGAGAGGACCGAGGAGGUGGGCGGCGACAAACAGAGCGUGACCACACCCCCCACAGAGCGGUCCGGGAGCGUGAUCGUGACGAACGUGACCAUCAACGCGCUGACGGUGACUUUCAAAGAGGCGACGGUGGCCGAAGGCUUCUUUAAGAGCAGCUGAACCCAGAACCCCCAAACCACCACGAUCAGAGUUACCGCUCAUUUUCUACGUGUAAAUAGUCGUUUAUGUAAAAAAUAAUUUCCACGUUUACAGAACUACACUCAUUUCCUACUGAGUACCAUGAAGACAUUUUUUCACCUUUUGAGGAAAAAGGAGUGAGCGAUGAUUUUAAUCAGUGCUGCUCAUUAAUCAGACAAGAGGUCCCUCCCCCCCCAAAAGGACAAUCUGUUGCAAUAAAUCGAUCACAAUGGUUUCCAUUCCCGGGGCCGCUGGGUUUACAGAGCAAGGCGAGGCCUGACACACGUUCCAGUCCACUUACUUCCACGCAGCAGCUGUUUCCAGUCGUCUUCGGUCAUUUCCAGGCGGACUCACGUCUGCUCCCGGGGCCCGUUUCAGUCGCUCCUCUUUCUUACGGAAAAACUUUUUUUUUUUUUUUGUAAAGACACUGCUCUUGUUUUCUUCUUUGUUGUUUUCAGUUUGCACACCGAGCUGAACCGCAUGACCUGCCAGUCUGUGCCACGCGUGCACAAAGCACUGUCCUGUGUUUUAUUGAAGAGGUUUAUUUCUGUCACAAAAGACAUGAAACAAAGAGAUAGAAUGAAUGCCUCCUGCUUAGAUGAAGUUCUGCAUUUCAAGGGAGGUGGAGAAGAAGAAGAAAAAAAGAAGUACACAGUUGUGUUCGCUGUCUGCUGUCUUUUACUUUAUAAAGUGCUAUCUGGUUCUAUUUUUGUAUUAUCAAUUGAUAGUCCGCUCUUUCACUUUCACUCGCCUUUGUGCAUUUCAAAAGAGGAGCUAUCAGUUUACACUGCCGCUGACAGCGCUGUGUAGGGUGAGGCUGACAAGGAAGAAACUGUACGUUAGGUCAAGACCGGUAGGAUAUUAUUUAUUUGCAUGUCACAUGUAUAAGCUAAAGUAAUUUAUGUCACUAAAUGUAUGUGAAUCAGUCUCUUAUGUGACACAGGUAACAUGUCUCUUACAAGCUAAUUUUUAUUUUGACUGCAUUUCCAAUAAAUAUGAACUAAAGAAA